GUUAAACAAAAAUAUAAUUAAAUAAAAUGUGCAUAAUUGAGAAACCCUAAGACCCUUUUACCCACACCACCCAGCCGUCCCCCUUUCUUCUCCAAAGCUCAUUUACAACCGACGGCGGUGUGAGCUUUUCCCUCCCCAGAUCCUCCCUUCUUCAUUUCCAGGUGAUUAUACUCAAAGUUCUUGUUUAAGAUGUCAGACAGCCACGAGACUGACAAGAACAUUGAAAUAUGGAAGAUCAAGAAGUUGAUCAAAGCACUUGAAGCUGCCAGGGGAAAUGGAACGAGCAUGAUUUCCCUCAUCAUGCCUCCACGGGAUCAGGUUGCCCGGGUUACUAAGAUGCUGGGUGAUGAGUAUGGAACUGCUUCCAACAUCAAGAGUAGGGUGAACCGUCAAUCUGUUUUAGCAGCUAUUACAUCUGCCCAACAGAGAUUGAAGCUCUACAACAAGGUUCCUCCUAAUGGGCUUGUCCUGUACACUGGAACAAUAGUGACAGAUGACGGUAAAGAAAAGAAAGUAACAAUUGAUUUUGAGCCAUUCAGGCCAAUCAAUGCUUCCCUGUAUCUGUGUGACAACAAGUUCCAUACUGAAGCACUUAAUGAACUACUUGAAUCUGAUGAUAAGUUUGGGUUUAUAGUCAUGGAUGGUAACGGGACCCUAUUCGGUACUCUGAGUGGUAACACCAGAGAGGUUCUUCACAAAUUCACUGUUGAUCUUCCGAAGAAACACGGCAGAGGAGGGCAAUCUGCGUUACGUUUUGCUCGUCUUCGAAUGGAGAAGCGGCACAACUAUGUGAGGAAAACUGCAGAACUUGCUACUCAGUUUUUCAUUAAUCCAGCUACAAGCCAGCCUAAUGUUUCAGGACUCAUACUUGCUGGAUCGGCCGACUUUAAAACUGAGCUCAGUCAAUCUGACAUGUUUGAUCCUCGCCUUCAAGCAAAGAUAUUAAAUGUAGUAGAUGUUUCUUACGGUGGUGAAAAUGGUUUUAACCAGGCAAUAGAGCUCUCUGCUGAAAUUCUUGCCAAUGUGAAGUUUAUUCAGGAAAAGAAGUUGAUAGGGAAGUACUUUGAGGAGAUCAGUCAAGAUACAGGUAAAUAUGUGUUUGGUGUUGAAGAUACACUAAAAGCUUUGGAGAUGGGGGCUGUUGAGAUACUGAUUGUCUGGGAAAAUCUUGAUAUCAAUAGAUAUUCUCUGAAAAAUGCCUCAACUGGUGAACUUCUUGUAAAACAUUUGAACAAGGAUCAAGAGUCGGAUCAGAGCAACUUCCGGGACUCAGAGACUAAUGCUGAACUCGAGGUGCAGGAAAAAACUUCGUUGCUGGAGUGGUUUGCUAACGAGUACAAGAAUUUCGGUUGCUCCCUUGAGUUUGUCACUAACAAAUCACAAGAAGGAUCACAGUUUUGCCGGGGUUUUGGUGGCAUUGGUGGAAUUCUCCGUUACCAACUCGACAUGAGAACCUUUGAUGAACUUGAAGAUGGGGAAACUUAUGAUGAUUCUGAUUAAUCUAGUCACUCAUCAACAACUUGAGCAUCAACCAGACCUAAGUAGUUCAUAAGUUCAUAACAGAUAAGUUGCUGCCCCGGGUUGAAUUUGAGUUCCAUUUUAAGGUUUUAAUUUCAACAUAUUUCAUGUCUGUGUAAUACCUUUAUCAGAAUUCUUGUGCUCCGAGAAUAUACCAUAAUUGUGUUGAGGUUGAUUAUACCUGAUUUUGAUUGA